UCCACAUGGUUAGUGAUGACACACACACACACACACACACCCCGCUGCUGUUCAUCCAUUGGCUCGUGCUCAUCGGAAGGCCGUCUGUCGGAUGAACAAAAGCCGGAGACACCGAAGCUCAGAGCGGGAGGGGCGGAGCAGCGGCAGAGCGGAGGGUGCGGACCGGAGCAGUCUGUCCGGUGCGUGUGUCCGGUGCGUGUGUCCUCCUGCUUCAGGUGCAGGUGCUUCCGUCCUCCGGAGCCUCGUGUUGAGCUGAAGCUGAAUGAGGAAGCCGCUCCUCCGUUUGCCGCCGCUUCUCCGCUCGCCGCCGUCAGCGCGGAAACACGGACCCUAAACGCACCACGGCCGAGGGGCAUCAUGGUCGCCGGGGAGCUCGUGCAGGAGCAUCUGCGCGCGGAUGCCGGCGCACCUGACGACAUCACGGUGACCAGGAAGAGUCCCGAACCGGAUGGAGCGGUGGAGCCGCGCGUGGAUGCGGCGUGCGCGGUGACAGCGGCGGCACCGGAGGGAGGGGCGGGGGGGGUAGACGGGGACCCGGACCGGGAGAAGGAGAAGGAGAAGGAGGCGCCGCCGGAUGAAAGACAAGCGAUGCUUCCGAACGGAGGAGGCGGGGAUGCGGAGGAGGAUGCGGAGGCCGCGCGGGGCCGGCGCACGCGGCUGUACCGGCGCCGGUUCGCGGUGCUGUCGGUGUUCAGCCUGUACUCUCUGGUCAACGCCUUCCAGUGGAUCCAGUACAGCAUCAUCACCAACGUCUUCACGCGCUACUACGGCGUGCCCAACGCCUCGGUGGACUGGCUGUCGGUGGUCUACAUGGUGGCCUACGUGCCGCUCAUCUUCCCCGCCACUUGGCUCCUGGACCGGCGCGGGCUGCGGCUCACGGCCCUGCUGGGCUCCGGACUCAACUGCGCAGGCGCCUGGCUCAAGUGCGCCAGCGUGAGCCCGGAGCUGUUCGGCGUCACGGUCACCGCGCAGGUCAUCUGCUCCGUGGCGCAGGUGUUCAUCCUCGGACUCCCGUCACGCAUCGCGUCGGUGUGGUUCGGACCGCGGGAGGUGUCCACCGCGUGCGCCACGGCCGUGCUCGGGAACCAGUUGGGAUGUGCCAUCGGUUUCCUGUUGCCUCCGGUUCUGGUUCCGAACACGGCCGAUGACAUGGAACUAAUGGGUCGUAACAUCAGCGUCAUGUUCUACGGUACCGCAGCGGUGUCCACGGGCCUGUUCCUGCUCACCAUCAUAGUCAUUAAGGACCGCCCCCCUGUCCCUCCCAGUCAGGCCCAGGCCGUGCUUUCUGAUUCGCUGCCUGAGGACUACUCCUAUAAACAGUCCAUCUUCAACCUGUUCAAGAACAAGGCCUUCGUCUUCCUGCUUGUCAGCUACGGUAUCAUGACCGGCUCCUUCUACUCCGUUUCUACACUCCUGAACCAGAUGAUCAUGGACUGUUAUGAGGUCAGUUCACUUUAUACAUCGAACCUUUAAAACCAUGUGUUUGUCCAGCCACACAUUUGACCUUUA